AUGUCAAAAAAAUGUAAAGGGAAGUCGGUUUCAUUUGCUCAAAAGGAAGCAUUAAUUUCGUACAUGCAGUCCCAUCCGGAACUUCAUAAGGGAAAAUUUAGUUCUACAUUCACCAGCAAAAAAUCUAAAGUACUUUGGCAGCAAAUAGCUAAUGAACUUAAUUCUAUUGUUGGAGCCACUAAGGAACCAUUAAAAUGGAAAAAAUGUUGGAUAGACUUAAAGAGUAAUGUAAAGACAAAAAGUGUCGAGUACAAAAAAAGUUGUAGAAAGACUGGUGGAGGGGACAAUGAAAAUGAAAAGACUGAUGAAUGGGAAGACAAAAUUUUAAAUCUUAUUGGAGAGGUCCCUGUUAAUGGUCAUCCAAAUACUGCUGAACCGUUUGUGAACUUUGAAGGUUUCCAAAUGGUUGUAGACACUGAAAGACUUGAUGAGUCUAAUGAUGUUUUGUUACCUGCGGCUAGUUAUAGUUUAACUGAAAUUGAAGAAUUAGAUGAACAUAUAAACAGGGAAGAUAUUAGUGAUAUUAACUUACUUGAUCAAGAAAAUAGAAGCCACUUUAAUUCUAAUGACCCUAUCACAGAAGCUAUUAAUGAUACAAAUCUUGCUGGUAAGGUUAUUGAUCAACCAAAUGCUGAUGACCCUAUCACAGAAGCUAUUAAUGAUACAAAUCUUGCUGGUAAGGUUAUUGAUCAACCAAAUGCUGAUGACCCUAUCACAGAAGCUAUUAAUGAUACAAAUCUUGCUGGUAAGGUUAUUGAUCAACCAAAUGCUGAUGACCCUUUCAUAAAUGCUAUAAAUGAUAUAAGACUUGCUGGUAAGAUCAUUGAUCAACCAAAUUUGACAACAGAUAACUCAAAAAGUAAACUUGGUGUCUUGAAACAAUCAAGGAGAACAGAAGCAAAAGAAAAAAUUGCAGCUGCAUUAGAAAAAAAGUACCUAAUGUAA